AGGGAGUGUAUAGGCAUCUGAUGUUUGCUGACUCCUAAUUACCCCACAGAGGUGGGGCUUUGAAGGCUGCAAGGAGUGACCCAGCAGUAGGUCCAGCUUUUCAUCCUUAUCAAACAUUUCUAACAAUUUUGCUGACGAGCAGUAAGAGUGAUUGAUUUGAGCUUUAAAUGUCAUAGCUUCCCUCAACCUGGAUUCUUGAGGACCUGCCAAGCAUUGUUGUAACUCUAAGUGAGCCAAGAGUCAGCCCGCCCUGUGUGUGUAAAUGUUCCUGUCUGUAGGAGGCUGUCCUGGCCCAGCAGUGUAGAAGAGAACGAGGCCGCUCCGUGAGGUGCCAGAGUGGCUGGGUGGCCAGCUGCGGUGUGGAUGAGAAAGGAGGAACAGGUGGUGAUUUUCUGCUGCAGCCGGUAGAACGACAUGACAUGACUACCCUAAGUCUGCCCCUGAACAUACGCCGAGGCGGGUCGGACACCAACCUCAACUUUGAUGUACCAGAUGGCAUCCUGGACUUCCACAAGGUCAAACUAAGCGCAGACAGCCUGAAACAAAAAAUUCUUAAGGUAACAGAGCAGAUCAAAAUCGAGCAGACAUCGCGUGACGGGAACGUUGCUGAGUAUCUGAAACUAGUCAGCAGCGCCGACAAACAGCAGGCCAGCCGUAUCAAACAAGUCUUUGAGAAGAAGAAUCAGAAAUCGGCUCAUUCCAUUGCCCAGCUGCAGAAGAAGUUAGAGCAGUACCACAGAAAGCUCAGGGAGAUUGAACAGAAUGGAGCCUCCAGAAGCUCAAAGGACAUUUCCAAAGACAACCUGAAGGACAUCCAACACUCUCUGAAAGACGCCCAGGCCAAGUCUCGAACUGCCCCGCACAGCAUGGAGAGCAGUAAGUUGGGCAUGCCAGGGGUCUCCCUCACUCCACCUGUGUUUGUCUUCAGUAAGUCUAGAGAGUUUGCCAAUUUGAUCCGAAAUAAGUUUGGCAGCGCAGACAACAUCGCUCACUUAAAAAAUUCCUUAGAGGAGUUUAGGCCUGAAGCAAGUUCCAGGGGCUACGGCGGCAGCGCAACCAUCGUGGACAAACCCAAGUAUGGCAGCGACGACGAGUGUUCGAGCGGCACAUCGGGCUCGGCAGACAGUAAUGGGAACCAGUCGUUCGGGGCCGGUGGAGCAGGCACACUGGACAGCCAGCGGAAGCUCACCAUGAUCGUGGAGAAAUUGAGGGAGAUCAAGGAUACCCAGGCACAGCUGGCUGAGGACAUCGAGGCGCUGAAGGUGCAGUUUAAGAGAGAAUAUGGUUUUAUUUCUCAGACCCUGCAAGAGGAGAGAUACAGGUACGAGCGACUGGAAGACCAGCUCCAUGACCUGACGGACCUGCAUCAGCAUGAGAUGGCCGACCUGAAGCAGGAGCUGGCCAGCAUCGAGGAGAAGGUGGCCUACCAGGCCUAUGAGCGCUCGCAGGACAUCCAGGAAGCCUUGGAAUCCUGCCAGACUCGCAUUUCGAAGCUGGAGCUGCACCAACAGGAGCAGCAAGCUCUGCAGACGGACACAGUGAACGCCAAAGUUCUCCUGGGGAAGUGCAUCAACGUGGUCCUGGCCUUCAUGACUGUCAUCUUGGUGUGCGUGUCUACCAUCGCAAAGUUUGUCUCACCCAUGAUGAAGAGCCGCUUCCACAUUCUUGGCACCUUCUUUGCUGUGACUCUUCUUGCAAUAUUUUGUAAAAACUGGGACCAUAUUCUGUGUGCCAUAGAAAGGAUAAUAAUACCCAGGUGAAGCCACUGGUUCCUAUCUUGAAGUUUGUAAAGAGAACUCUGAAUUUUACCAAAUUUUAAAAUGAACAGUCGUGCCAACUGAAGAUUGCCGGAAGGCCUGGGCUGUGUUGUAAAUAACUACAAUUCUCUUUAACACGGUAGCAGUCACCAGCUCAGUCCUCAGUCCCUGUGCUGGUUAACGUGCGUCUGGUUCAGAAGCUCACCCACACUGCUCACUGCCUUAAUCGGACCAGAUUCCCCACCUGCCUGACUCUCCCAGUGUGGUAGACCUCUGAUUGUUGAGCACUUGGCAUAAUUAGCAGCUCAGAAGAAAAGGGAAGUUCAGUCUCUCUCUCAAGUCUCUAUCAUCAAAAUUGAGCUCACCAUUGUUAGUGGCCAUGCUUUCCCCAGGUCCCGUAAGCAGCACGGGUGCAGCACAAAUCAGAGAAGGAAAGAGGCCCAGGCACUGACUGUGUCGAACACUCAGGGCUGAUGGAAGUGCAGGACACCCCCGUGUGAUCCACCCUGAUGGUCUGCUGUUGGCCGUAGGUCCUGCAUGUGCCCAGUGUCCACAGUGGUCAUUUACGUGUGAUUCUCUGUGACAUGGAAAUCUUAUUUUAUACCAUGUAUUCACCCAAAGUCUAACUUAGUUGCUCUGUUGCACUUUAAAUGGUAAGCCACGAGGGUGUGUGAAUGAGGCUUCUGCCUUCUCAUGUCCUCGGAGCCACGCCCCUGAUGGCAUCCUAACCGGCUGCCAAAUGCCCAGCCUCCAAAGCACAGAAAUGCUUCCAGUCCCUCAUCAGACUGCAGCUGUAACAUGGGGGUCCUCUGAGCACUGCUCUGGAGGUUUGUGACUCCACACAUUUGGUUUUGAUAAUCCCCCAUGGGGGUGUGGUUCACUUUAUUUGCAGGUCUGUGAGGGGUUGGGAAUCUCCCUCAGUAAAUGAAAACAUAUGAUGCUCGUGUUGUGGGGUUUUUUAUUAAGAAGGAAAACUGCGUCAUAGUUUCUAAAGUUGAAGUGCACUAAGGUAGGAACACUGGAAGCAGGAGGAAGUAUGACAUGUCUGACUGGAUGGCAGCUAGAUGGGUGGGAGCCGUUCACCUGGAUGAAGACUGAGAGGGUCCGCUCGGGACCCUGAAUAAAUUAGAUGCCCUGUCUGAGCCAGUGUUGCCAUCUGUCUUCUAGGAUCUCACUGAAAGUAAGUCCUAGGAUAACAGUGGCCACAUUUCCCACAUUCCCAGGAGGGCAGCGUCUUUGGCCUAUUUGGGGGACAUGUGACACUGCCCAUUAAAUCUGUCCCUCUGUCCACAUGAAAGGAAACUGCUCUCUAGGCCCCCCCCACCUUCAUCAUCUGAGGCAUAAAGAUGGGUGUUGGUGUACAUUUCUUCCAGAAAAUGUCAAGUGAUCUGGAUUUGAAUUAAGUGCAAUGUUCUGCAAACAGCUGCUUUUAGGGAAAUCUCCUGAAAAAAUGUGACGGUGAACCACGAUUUCAGAGAGCAGAGUCUUCAGGCACUUGGUGCAAGACUGAGGUGUGAGUCUCACAACACAACCUUUUUGCUUUUUUAUGGUUGUAAUGCAGUGAUUUUAAUCAGUUCACAAACUUAUACAGCUCUCACUAUCACCUAAUUCCAGACACGACUUUUUAAGACAAUGAACACAGUUUCAUGAAAUCAUUGGCUGUGAAGUAUUUCGGAUUCAGGAAAGGGGGAGUUACGAGUCUCACCUGCAUCUCAUGGCUGUCUCCUGUCCCCGGCAGGCUCUCCCUGGGUCUGCCAAGUUCACUGUAAAUACACUGUGAUCCAUCAAAUCCAGGGGACAAAGACAGGUUCCAGGUCCAGGGAAGACAGCGAGAGAGCAUGGUGCACUUCCUUCUGCAUUUAUAUUUCAAUGGCCAGCAUCCCUCUCUGCCUGUGGGCAUCAGCCUCCGUGGAGGCUGAGGGCUGGGUGUAAUGUACAUACUUGCAUCCAGCUGGGUCCUGGGUGGGCCCCUCUUGAUGUCUGUGAACCCUUCUGCAGCACUGUGACAUACCAGGGCCUGGGGUGGGUGUAGGUGCUGUUGGUAGUUCAGCAAGAAUGGGUGAGAGCUCCAGCCCUGAGCCAAGGGUUCUGGGGCGUCUAGGAAGACACUAGCCUCCUCCCGCCACCACAUGCCACUGCAUGGCUCAGCCCAGCACAUUGGCUGCGACACUUCCCAGACCUGCGGUCAGUGUGUGCUCCCCAGUGAGAGAGGUGAAGGAAGUUGGGGAGCUGCGCACUCCAACCCCUGCAGUCUGGAGCAGCGGGCAAGCUGCAGGGACUGGCUGGUCUGAACCGGCGUAGUGCCUAAAUCAUUGCACCUCACUGUGAGUUUUGUGUUUCUUUACAGAGUUCCUAUUUUUGGUGAUUCUCAUUAGACAAUGGAUUAGCUUGGAUCUCACUUGGAUAUGCUUAACCUACACAGCAUAUUUAUUUUAGAGUUUUGUUGAAAGUUCAUGAAGCUUUCCAAUAGAUGGUACACCCGCAGGGUGCAUUUACUCUGCAGUUUAUUAUUCUCUUCUUGAGGAAUCAACCCUCCCACUGCCUGUGUUCUGCACUGCAGAGGGAAAAUAAAUAAAAUGUUACUUAAGUAUACAAUUAAAAUAGUGCUCAAGCUAUGCCAUGUCCUGGAACUGGAUAUUUAAUUUACAUUGAAGCCAACCAGUCCCUUUUCCCCACCUUGCAUUGGCAGUAAAGGCCUUCUGCCUUCCUCCUGAAGCCAGGUGUGGGAUGGCUGAGCACCUGCCCAUCCAUGAACUCACUGAGUCAUUUCAGAUACCAGACAUGGCAUUCUAGCCCUGGGAUGUUUGGUGACAUUAUUUUAAUGAUUGCCAGGAUAAUGAUAGUUUGCUGAGGAGAAAACAAAAACCCUUAUGGGUUUUGAAUUGGCUAUUCCAGCUUAUAUUUUGAGUAUGAUUAAGCCAGAGCAGAACACUAUCCCCCCCAAAAUAAACAAAUUUAAAGCCACAACAAAGAGGCAGUCAAUAAAAGUUCUGCAUUGCUGAUCUGGGACAGUGAACGUUUCUUGCCCGGGCCACUUCACUUACGUGCUCGCUGUGGUCCCCUGGCCCUGAUAUCGGAACCCCCUCCUCACUUCCUGCUGUUGUCCCUCUCGGCCACUUAGCAUCCCUGUGUGUUUAGCCCCUCUCCUGCUUUGUCGUUCUUGUUUUCACUGAAAUACUGCCCCGUGGAGUAUGCGCAUCGCCCUUCCAUUCUUCUAGCUUGUGAGGUUUCGGUGACAGUGCUGGGAACUGGCUCCCCUGGGGCAACUAAUUACUUUUGUCCUUUCUGUUCGGAUUUUAAAUACCAAAUAAUUUUGUAUUGAAUGGGAACAUUUCUUUUGCACUGAAACCAAAUAUAGUUGUAUCGGUUUGGAAAAACAUUUAAUUAUACUUAUUAAUAUGAAUGUGAGUAGUUAAAUAAACCUAUUUUGCAUAUUUGCAUAAUUUUGAGGGUCCAGUGGUAGGACAAAGUGGCAUUAUUUAAAAUUCAGGGCUUUAUCUGGAGCGAGGUAUUUCAAGAAAUUUAGCGUAUGUGCUAAGGAAAGAGUUGAUCUAAAAAAACAACAAGUCACUGAAAACAGUGAGAUUGGCCUGUUUACCUCAGAAGUAGUUACAAAGUUCAAGAAAAUGGUAUAGUUAAUAAGUAUUUAAAACCCAUAAGAUAUAAAGCAGAAUUAACCUAUAAUUUUCUAAAGUCACUACGAUUUCUCUGUUUCUAAGAAGCUGGAAAGUAAUGUACCCGCAUUGUUUUAAGAAUGAUUUAUGUGUGGCCAUUUUAAUUUAUGUAUUUAAAGCAUGUCUUGCUGUGUUUGUCCUAAGAGAAAUGUUUCAACAAAAUGUGCUGUGUGUUAAUGUGUAAGCAGUAGAUAGUGGCUCUGAAAGUAAAAACUGGGGAUGUUUAUUGUGUGAUCCGUCACAUCGUUUCCAUUGUGUGGGUAACUAUAUUCAUGUCAGCUUAAAAUUGGAAGUUCUCUGCAGAUCACCCCAUUCAAAGCAGGUGCCAUUAUUUUUUUUAAAUAAACACUUGAUGUUAGCUUUGAUGGUAAAUAAAGAGCUAGAUUUCUUAAAUUUUCCCAUUUGUCAUUAUCAACAGCA